CGGUUCGUGAUGUUUUGACGUUUUUACCUAUUUUUAUGGUUAAAAAUAUCUUAUGACACAAUACCGUAUAUUAUAAGCAGUUUCAGGUGAAAUAAGAGACAGAUAGAAGUUUUAUUUCGGACGUAAAACUCUGCACACGAUGACGAUCGGGUGGGUUACCCUCGAUGUCGGUGACCAAGCAUUGGUCUACAAUCAUGAAGGAGUAGCACGGACAGAAAAUGGACCACAACGGAUGUUUCUUUGGCGUGAACGCUAUGAAGUUUUAAAACGAAAUGCAGCUAACCAGAAUUCCUAUCUUGUUGUGCAGUACAAAGAUGGGCGAGUUGAGCAUAGAAAAGGACCAUGUGUUAUGUUUACAAAUCCCCUUGAGCAUUAUAAGAUUGAGAUUCGUGACAUGAUAUCUUUGGAUGCCAAUGAAGCAUUGGUUAUAUACAGGGAAGAUUCCGAGACAAAGAAUGUGACCAGAUACGUUCAGUAUGGCCCCACCCUUGUUAUGCCUCAGGCUAAUGAAUGGUUCCAUUCCUUUAGCUGGCAUGGCACAGACCCAGAAAACAAGACACAGUUAAUCCCUAAUGCUCACCAGUUCCAGAAACUUCAGAUCAUUCCCGGCCAGUUCUACUACAAUGUUGAUGAAGUGCGAACAAAAGAUGAUGCCCCAAUCAGAGUUAAGCUAAUGGUAUUUUAUGAGUUAAAAGACAUAGAGACCAUGCUGAAUGCCACUAAAGACCCAAUAGCAGAUAUUGUCAACUGUGUGUGUGCUGAUGUUGUCGCCUUUGCUGCCAAACACAGCUAUAUUGAAUUCAUGGAGAAUUCAUCAGAACUUAACGACCUUGCUAAUUACCCUCAACUCAGGGAACGCAGCAAAAAGAUCGGAUACGAAAUUUCAAAAAUGGUGUAUCGUGGGUACCACGCUCACCCAGAACUGCAGCGCAUUCAUGAUACAGCAACCCAGACCCGCACAAGGCUUAAACUUGCUUAUGAAAAGGAAGAGCAACAACAGAACAUGACAGAUCUCAAGCUCAAGAAUGACAGAGAUCGCCUCAAUCUGGAACAAACAAUGGAAAUUGAAAGUUUAAAUCACAAGCAGAAUAUGGAAAAGGCAGCAGUAGAACACAGACUUGGUCUGAGGAUCCAGGAGGAGGAAAAAAAGAGGGACCGAUGGACAGAAGAAAAGAUGGCUGCUCUGGAGGCAAAGAAGGAGGAUGAUAAAGUAUUCCUCCAGCACAUAGGUGAACUACGCAAGCUUGGAGUGGAUCUUAACCAGUAUUUACAAUCCGAGGCCCAGCAACCACAGAAAGUAAUCCGCAUCGCGGCCGGAGAUAAGGCAGCUAACUUCCACCUUCACCGCAACUAGACAUAGGACAAAAGUGUCACCUAACUGAGGGGAACUGAGGUUCAACAUGCUAAAAGGCAUUAAACUAAUGAAAGCAAACUUCUGAUUUUCCAUUGUUAAGAAUUUCUAUUAGGUAAUCGAUUCUGAAUCUCCAAUAAAACAUAAAUUUGGCUAUGUUUAAAAAUAUGAAUCCUGGUACAUGUAUUACAUUGAAUUUAUACUUUUGAAAUUAUGGGACAUGGUAGAGAGUGACUUUUUUUCUUUCUAGAAUUGUUCUCUCUUUUAAUGUGCUAUACCUUUUUAUUCAAUUGAAUGUUAAUUAACAUUAUUUUCAAACUGAAGGCUUUUAGGUAAAUAUCACCUUGUAGCAUUGCAGACACAUACACAUACAUGUAGCGGGUUGCAUUGUCUAUUUACACGAAUUAAUAGCAUUGUAUAUUAUACAUAAUAUUUUCCAAGAUUGAGAUUUUAUCCUUGAUUGAGAUUUCUUGCAUUUUCUUUUUUAACCAAACAUUGCCUUGUUAUGCUUAUUUUAUAUGUCAAGUUUUGAACCAAUCAUUGGUGAGAUUUUCAUUUCAUUUAACUAUUUACAUUUGAAGUGUGGAUAUUUGAUUUCAUUUAAUGUAAAUAAUUCUCAACUUAAAUUUGGAUAAACAGAAUUACAGUCGAUCUUGGUAUCUCUAGCAUUGAUAUCACAAACUGAGUUGGAAGUCCCAAGCAUUUUUAUGCCCCCCUUCGAAGAAGGAAGGGCAUAUUGCUUUGCUGCUGUCUGUCGGUCAGUUGGUCCACCAACAGUGUGCGUUCAUUUUCUUCGCAGAGGUUGCACCUACUGAAAUGAAAUUAGGUAUACAGAUUUAUUAUAAGAAUAUCUAGGUCAGGUUUUGUUUUUCAAUAUGAUCGAGCAAAUUUUGAUAGAGUUAUGCCCCUUGGACUUUAGAAAAAAUUCCAAUUAUUUACUUUAUUUAUUAUCUCUGCAAAGGUUGAACAAAUUAAUUACUGAUAUGCUAUGAGAAACGUUUUUGCCAAAGAUGAGAUGUAGAAGUAUUUCUGAUUGAUGCACCUCAGAUAGUACCGGUAGAUGACCCCUAUUGAUUUUAAGUUCAAAAGGUCAAUUUCAUUUCCAAGUACACUGCCCAUAAUGUAUACUGCCCAUAAUAAAGGCUUGUGCACCCUAUAAUGUAUGUCCAGGGGGGGGGGGGGGGGGGGAUAAGUGUUUCACAAACAUCUCAUUUUUCUCUCUAUUUUAACCUAAAUAUCUAGAAUCUUUGGAUAUCUUAAAUUUUUGGUCCCAUCGAGUUAGAGACAACGAGGUUUGACUGUAUUUUGAAUGAUUUUAGUUGUUUAUUGUGACUUUUGAGAACAUUUCUGAGAAUGUUUACAGAAGUGAAAUUUAUUGAAUAUGCCAUUUUUACAUCAUUUUAUCAUUGGAAUACCAGUGAAUCAUCAUGUGUAAACAUGUAAACUUAGUCCCAUUUUUUGUCAAGAAUUUUUAAGUACAUGUAUUUACAUUUAUUUACAUACAGUACAUGUUGAUCAAACAGUAGAACAUGCGUUUGUUUGUUAAAUUUCAAACAGUAGAACAUGUUUGUUUGUUAAAUUGCAAACUAACUUCAAAUUCAAGUUUAUCUUUUGAUUUACCAUAUAUUGUGCAAUGGACAAUCUUCCUUUUAUUUCAAAUGGAACAAACACAUUUCUUUUUGUUGUAGUAAUAGUAGUACAUGUAUUUAAAAGUUUGGGGGUUUUUUUAAGUAACAAUUUAUUACCACAAUAAGCUUUUUAAUUCUUUAAGUAAAACAUACAUUUACUUAAGGUUAUUUGCAUGGCAUAUUUAUUUAUACAUUUCCAAAUCUAUUCUUUUUAUUCUGAACAGCCGUGUAUAGAG